UUACGACGUACAAUCGCCGCGAGUUUCGUUUGGACGCGCACGGUGCUCGACCCAUUCAUCUCCUCCAAACAAAGUUGUGGCUUCUCCGUUGUUUUGACAUAAAGCUGACAAGAUAACUGCUAUGAAGGUUUCUCUGAAGCGAGAAAGAGAGGCUGAAGUGGACGACGAUGACAACGAAGACAGAGUGGCAGCCAAAGUAGCCAGAGGACGUGUUGUAGAAGACCGGAGAAGUCGCCACUGCCCUUACCUUGACACCAUAAACAGGAGUGUGCUGGACUUCGACUUUGAGAAACUGUGCUCCAUCUCUCUCUCCCACAUCAAUGUAUAUGCCUGCCUUAUAUGUGGAAAAUACUUUCAAGGGAGAGGUUUGAAGUCCCAUGCCUACACUCACAGUGUACAGUUUACCCAUCACGUGUUCCUGAAUCUGCACACUCUAAAGUUUUACUGUCUGCCAGACAACUAUGAGAUCAUUGACUCUUCUCUAGAAGAUAUCACAUAUGUGCUGAAACCAACUUUCACCAAGCAGCACAUUGCAGGGUUGGACAAGCAGGGUAAACUGUACCGAGCGUACGAUGGUACGACCUACCUGCCAGGUAUUGUUGGGCUUAACAACAUCAAAGCCAAUGACUACGCCAAUGUGGUGUUGCAGGCAUUUUCCAAUGUUCCACCUUUGCGAAACUACUUCCUGGAGGAGGAAAACUACAGGGGAAUCCGCAGGCCACCGGGGGACAUCAUGUUUCUCUUGGUGCAGCGAUUUGGAGAGCUGAUGCGCAAACUCUGGAAUCCAAGAAACUUUAAGGCCCAUGUGUCUCCACAUGAGAUGCUGCAGGCUGUGGUGCUUUGCAGCAAGAAGAACUUCCAGAUUACCAAGCAAGGAGAUGCUGUGGACUUCAUGACGUGGUUCUUGAAUGCUCUGCAUGGUGCUCUUGGAGGCACAAAGAAGAAAGCAUCAAUCAUUACAAAAGCAUUUCAAGGCUCCAUGCGGAUCUUCUCCAAGAAGCUUCCACACCCAGAUUUAACACCAGAGGAGAAAGAGGCACUACUCGUGACAGAGGAGUACCAGGAGCAGAUGUCUGAGUCCACCUUCCUGUUUCUGACCCUUGACCUCCCGACUGCUCCGCUGUACAAAGAUGAGAAGGAGCAGCUCAUUAUUCCGCAGGUCCCCCUCUUCAACAUCCUGGGCAAGUUCAAUGGCAGCACAGAGAAGGAGUACAAAACCUACAAAGAGAAUUUUCUCAAAAGGUUCCAGCUGACCAAACUGCCUCCGUACCUCGUCUUUUGCAUCAAAAGAUUCACCAAGAACAACUUCUUUGUGGAAAAGAACCCCACAAUUGUCAACUUUCCGAUCACGAACGUUGACCUCCGUGAGUACUUGACAGAAGAAGCUCAAGUAACAGAGAAAAACACAACUUAUGACCUCGUCGCCAAUGUAGUGCAUGAUGGGAAACCCACUGAGGGAGCGUACAGAAUACAUGUUCUGCAUCAUGGAACUGGGAAGUGGUACGAGAUGCAGGACCUGCAGGUGACUGACAUUCUUCCCCAGAUGAUCACGUUGUCAGAGGCCUACAUCCAGAUCUGGAAGAGACAAGAGAGCGACGAUGACACAAACAACCACACAGGGGUGUAAGUGAGGCUGGAUUUUUCUCAGUGUGAAUGGCCGGAAGUGUUGUCACCAUUUUGGAAAUGACCUUGGUAUUUAAGUGAGUGAAAAUAACAACCGAAUAUAGAUUAAGAGUGGCAAAAAAUAAUCAGGACUUUUUCUUUAUAGCCACAUAAAACAGAUAAAUGUACAUCUCCUGUUUUUUUUCACAGUUUUAUGCUUUUACUAUGUGGUUUCCAAAUAAAUGAAUGCCAGGACACAUGUCUCUGUAUGUACGUUGACUAUUAAUAUAAAAUGGUCACAGAACGGCAAUAAGAUAACAGAAGCAGCAGCUCUGCCGCUUUAUUGAAUAGUCAGUCAUUCACGUGAUCUUUUAUACAUACAGAUAGCUCAUCUUAUGUAAUGACAUUUUUGUGCAAUUUCCACAUUCAUAAUGGCACAUAAAGCAAUCUACAGAACAGCAAAGUUCACAAAACUUAACAACUGCGGAAACUGAUGUUUCAGACUGAAUCCCAGCCUCAGUCUUGUGACACUUCAUGCAAACUGGAGCAGUUCAUGAUGAAUAUAUAUGGCUUAUUGGUGAAGAUUGCACAUAUGAUGAAUAAUGUCUACCAAAAGUAAGAAAAAAAGUUGAUCAGUGCAAAACAUUUAUAAAGGUUCCAGUGCUGAUCAGUGUAAUACAUUUGUAAAGAGAAAGUAGUUGUGCGCACACAGGCUGGCAGUUUGGUUCACUCCUUCCACAUGUAUUUCUCACAAAAGGCCUGGUUCUGUAAAUUAAAAUAGAAACAUGAUGU